AUGGGCUCACCUCCCCGCUCCACACUUCUUACCAAUUACCCAAUCACAAACCAUUUUCUUCAUCCUCGUUCUGGAAUCCCACCACAUCCCAUAUUCUUGCCAAUAACCCAUCUUGUUCCCCUCAAAAGUGCUAAAAUGCCUCCCAUCUUGCCCAAUUUCUCAAACUCCGUGAGACUCAAGUAUGUGAAACUUGGCUACCAAUACCUUGUGAACCACAUCAUAACCCUCACCCUCAUACCCAUCAUGCUUGGCAUCAUCAUAGAGGUACUACGCUUAGGCCCUAAUGAAAUCCUCAAGCUUUGGAACUCCCUUCACUUUGACCUCAUCCAAAUCCUCUCUUCAUCCUUCCUCUUCAUCAUCAUAGCUACCAUCUACUUCAUGUCAAAGCCACGCACAAUCUACCUUGUGGAUUAUGCAUGCUUCAAGCCACCGGUCACAUGCCGUGUACCUUUCGCCACCUUCAUGGAACACUCAAAGCUCAUACUCAAAAACAACCCAAAGAGCGUAGACUUUCAAAUGAGGAUUCUAGAAAGAUCUGGCCUGGGAGAAGAAACAUGUUUACCCCCAGCAAUCCAUUACAUCCCACCAAAACCCACCACGGAAGCAGCAAGAAAAGAAGCAGAACUUGUUAUCUUCUCAACCAUGGACUCAUUGUUCAAGAAAACAAGUCUUAAGCCAAAUGACAUAGACAUUCUCAUAGUGAAUUGUAGCCUCUUUUCUCCAACCCCAUCUUUAUCUGCCAUGGUGAUUAAUAAGUACAAACUAAGAAGCAACAUCAAGAGCUUCAACCUCUCAGGAAUGGGUUGUAGUGCAGGCCUUAUUUCCAUUGACUUGGCACGUGACCUUCUUCAAAUUCACCCAAAUUCAAACGCUGUCGUUGUGAGCACAGAGAUCAUAACCCCUAACUAUUACCAAGGCAAUGAAAGAGCCAUGCUUCUUCCAAAUUGUUUAUUCAGAAUGGGUGGUGCUGCUAUUCUAUUAUCAAACAAAAAAUCAGAAAGUAAGAGAGCAAAGUAUAGGUUAGUUCAUGUGGUUCGAACCCACAAAGGUGCUGAUGACAAAGCGUAUCAUUGUGUGUUUGAAGAGGAAGACAGAGAAGGGAAAGUGGGGAUUUCACUUUCCAAGGACCUUAUGGCCAUAGCUGGUGAAGCAUUAAAAUCCAAUAUAACUACAAUUGGUCCUCUUGUGCUUCCUGCUUCAGAACAGUUACUCUUCCUUAUGACGCUUAUUGGAAGGAAAAUUUUUAACCCAAAAUGGAAACCUUACAUCCCUAAUUUCAAACAAGCCUUUGAGCAUUUUUGCAUACAUGCUGGUGGGCGUGCUGUGAUUGAUGAGUUGCAAAAGAAUCUUCAGCUUUCUGCUGAGCAUGUUGAGGCUUCCAGGAUGACCCUUCAUCGGUUUGGAAACACUUCUUCUUCAUCAUUGUGGUAUGAAUUGAACUAUAUAGAGACCAAAGGGAGAAUGAAGAGAGGAGAUAGAAUAUGGCAGAUAGCUUUUGGAAGUGGGUUUAAAUGCAACAGUGCUGUGUGGAAGUGUAACAGAAGCAUUAAGAUACCUGUUGAUGGACCUUGGGAUGAUUGCAUUGAUCGCUACCCAGUUCAUAUUCCUGAGAUUGUUAAGCUAUAG